UCCCAACGUCUUCCCACCUUCUUCUCCCCUCUCUCUCACCGUCUUCUCCCCUCCUUCCCCACUGCGGUCUUCCCGCAUCCUCUUCUGCCCUCUCCCUACUGUCUUCUUCCCGCACCUUCUUCUCCCCCGCAGAUUUUUCCCCCUUCCCCACCGUUUUCUUCCCCUCAGUCUCUCUGCUUCAUCGCAGCACGGGUUCCUGCGGCGGCACCUUUUCCUUGCAUCUCCUUCUCUCCACCUGCUCGCUUCCAGUCUCCAUCUUCCCGCCUAUUCCCGCAGCAGUCUUCCCGCCGCUUCCUCUUCUCCCCUCCCCCUCCCUCUCCUCACCGUCUUCUCCUGGCCUAUUACCCCCAACCGUUUUCUUCCUCACCCCGCACCGUUUUCUUCCUAUGUCUUCCCACCUUCUCGCAGCAGCGUCUGUCUGCCGCAGUCUUCUUCCCACCCUCUUCUCCUCUCCCCAUCGUCUUCUUUCCCAGCCUCUUAUUCUCCAUCUUCUUGCAGCCUCCAUAUCCCCACCUUCUUCUCGCAGCUGCGUCUUCCUGCCGGCUUUUCUCUCCCCGCACCAUCUCCUCUCUUCCUCUCCCCACGCCGUCUUCUCCCUUCACUGUCUUCUUCCCGCGCCUUCCCCAUAACCGUUUUCUCCCCCCAGUUUUCUUCCCCUCAGACCGUUUUCUUCCCACGUCCUCCCACCGUCUCGCAGCAGCGACUGUCAGCUGCAAUCUUCUUCCCACUCUCUUCUCUCCCCAUCGUCUUUUUUCCCAGCCUCUUAUUCUCCGCCAUCUUUUUCCCCUUCCCACCAUUUUCUUCCCGUUUCCAUCUCCCCACUUCGCAGCAGCGACUUCCUGCCGUGUUUUUCUCUCUUCGCACCCUUUUCUCCCCUCUUCCACUCCCCACCGUCUUCGCCCCCGAUCGUCUUCUUGCCCACUCCCUUCUCGCGCUCUCCCACUGCCUUUCAUCUAG